CUAGACAUGCAGAUCCGUGUGGUCCAGAUCUGGGGUUUCCUCAUGACGGUGCUGGGCUGGAUCUUUGUGGCUUGCACCAUGGCCAUGGAGGGCUGGAAGAUCACCUCCAUCGGGGGCAUGGGGGGCUCCUCCAUCAUUAAGGUUGCCUGGUACUGGUCCAGCCUGUGGAGAUCUUGUUUUACAGACUCAACUGCUGUCAGCAACUGUUACGACUACCCUGUGCUCUGGUCUGUGGAGGGCCACAUCCAGAUAGUGCGCGGCCUGCUGAUGGCAGCUCUUACCCUGGGAAUGCUGGGGUUUGUGCUCAGUCUGAUGGGUAUGGAGUGCACCUUUAUUGGGGGAAAAGACCGGUCGAAGUACAAGAAGAUCUACACCGGGGGAUGGUGUCACAUAAUCAGCGGUUUGCUAUCCACAUGUGGGUAUGCUGUUUAUGCGGAGUAUGUCUCAGUAGAGUACUUCAACCCUGACUUUAAUGGACUGAAGUAUGACCUUGGCACGCCGCUGUUCCUCGGCUGGGUGGGCUCAACCUUUAGCAUGACUGGUGGUGUCUUCUAUCUGUGGUCGGUGUGUAAACCGCUAUGUGGACAACACACGGUAAUCACCAUCCGGCCAGUACCAGACCCUGAGGACAACAAGACCACCACGGCUCUAUCUACAGUGUCAGAGAUCACCUCCAAGACCAAAGUGUCCUCUGUUUCUGAGUUGUCGUCCAACUCUGAGCGCUCAGACGUGUCUGGCAUCUCCUCAAGAUCUGAACGCACAUCCAAAUCUGGACGCACAGCAAAGUCGGAGCAGUCGUCAAAGACGAGGCGAACCACCAGGUCUGCAGGGUCUGGAGGGUCGAGGUCAGGGUCAGGAUCAGGGUCAGGAUCGGAGACCGGCCUCUCUUCCAGGUCCAGUAUAUCAACUUUGUCUGAGUCAAGGAGCAGCAGCAGCGGCGGCAGCAGCAGCAGCAGCCGGACAGUGUCUUUUGGCAGUUCCAGGAGUGAGACCACACCGUUCAUCAAAAACUCCUAUAUUUAAAUAAAUGUGACUCAUUAGUGAGGGACAGAAGUUAAUGAAUGUCUGAUGCUUUUAUGUUCAAUGUAUGAAAAAAACUAAUUCUGCAGUAUGUCUUUUGUAUUAAAAACUGUUUAAAAAUAUGUUUUAAAAAAUCUUUUUAAUUGAAUUGUUUUG